AUGCGAUCGCAGUCCGCUCAAAACUCCGCGGGGAUUCAGACGCUGCUUGACGCCGAGCGUGAAGCUCAAAAGAUUGUUCAGCAAGACCGCACGAAGCGAGUGAAGGACGCCCGAAACGAGGCGCAAAAGGAGAUUGAGGACUACAAGAAGGAGAAGGAGGACGAGUACCAGAAAUUCGAGAAGGAGCACAGCUCUGGCAACGAGAAGGCGGAAGAGGAUGCGAAGAAGGACACGGAUGUCAAGGUGAAGGAGAUUGAGGAGCUGGGCAACAAGUCGGGCAGCACGGUCGUAGACCAACUUAUCGCGGCUGUAACGAACGCAAAGCCAGAGCCCCCGAAAUAA